AUGUGGUUCAAUACAGUCAAUUGGUUGUGAUUGGCACAAAACACUGCAGUAGGUUUUACGAACCAAUCAUGUACCAGUCCUCAGGGUGAGAGUGGGACAUGCCCAUAAUUGGCAAGUGGUGGUUGAUUGAGUGAUACUGUUGAGUGAUGACUGUUUUUGAAUCCAGUAACGUUAACUUAUAAUGGCAACCCCGACCUCAACCGUGUGGAAAUAUUUCAACCAGACCGAAGACAAAACUAAAGUUCGUUGUGACAUUUGUAAACGUUGUUUAAAAUUCAACAGUUCAACGUCGUGCAUGUGGAAACACUUGAAAGCGUUUCAUCGAACAGAACUCGCAAGUCUUCAACGGCCAAGCACCACUGCCAGUCAAGAUGAGAUGGAUGAGGAUGGAGACCAUGUCGAGGAGUAUUCAUUGGGCCAGAGGGCGACUAAUUGAAUCACAGGUGGCCGAUGAAAUGCUUAGUCUUAUAAGCGAGUUCAUUCAGGAAGCCAACAACCACCACCAACAACCUGUUCUUCAUAGUUUCACUGCACCUCGGAUGGCAGGAAGGACUGGGAGACCGGCAUACCAAAUAACCCAAGAGCAGUUGCAGAUGUUGUUGUCAUUUAACUUUGCUGGAAAACAUAUUGCAGAGAUCUUGGGUGUGUCAAGAUGCACAGUGAAGCGUCGGUUAAGACAGUAUAAUCUGUCAUUUAGAGGUUGCUACACCACCAUCACUGAUGACGCCCUGGACAACUGUGUGCUGGAGGUCCUCUCUGCCAAUGAUGAAAUUGGAGCAGAGGCUGUCAGGGCACGGCUUGUGGGCGAGGGCAUCAUAGUCCAGAGAUGGCGUGUGCGACAAAGUCUCAUCAGGACCAAUCCUGAAGGUGUUGCUCUUCGGACUAUGUCCCACAGGCUUCAGAGGAGAACAUAUCAAGUGGCCGGGCCAAAUUCACUAUGGCACCUUGAUGGCAACCACAAGCUCAUUAAAUGGAGGAUUGUGAUCCAUGGAGGAAUUGAUGGCUUCAGCAGACUUGUGGUAUUCCUUCAAGGUUCUGACAACAACAGAAGUGAAACUGUAAUGGAGUUGUUUGUUGAGGCUAUCAGCCACUAUGGUGUCCCAUCCAGAGUCAGAUGUGAUCAUGGAGGGGAAAACAAUGCUGUUUGUCUCUUUAUGGAUGUCUUCCGAGGCUCAAACCGGGGAAGUGCUAUAAGAGGAAGAAGCACGCAUAACCAACGCAUUGAGAGACUGUGGGGUGAUGUCUGGAAAGGAGUUACAAAUGUCUACCAUUAGGCCUGUCACGAUAACAAAUUUUGCUGGACGAUAAAUUGUCCAAGAAAUUAUCGCGAUAAACGAUAAUAUUGUCGAUCUGAGACCAUUUUCAUCUAGAAUAAUGAUAAUGGCAUAA